AUGUUUGCUGGUUUUGUCCCAUCUCUGAUAAAUAUUUACGGGGGUGGUGGAGUAGCCGGAGGUGGAGCGCAGGUGACAACAAUGGGGUUGUCGAAGGUUGUUGAGGUUGGCGUUGGAGAAAUAGGGAAGGGAGGAGUAAAAAGGUAUCUCAAGAAAACGCUAGAUUAUGGCAUCUAUUAUAGUGGUGAUCCUGCUACACUAGAAGGGUAUUCAGAUGCUAGUUGGAUCACUGAUCAAGAGGAUUAUUCCUCAACAAGUGGAUGGGUAUACCUCUUUGGUGGGGGUGCGAUAUCUUGGGGAUCUAAGAAGCAAACGCGUCUUACAGAUUCAACUGUGGCUGCAAAAUUUAUAGCCUUGUCAUCCGCUUCUAAGGAAGAGGAACGCACAUGGUAUUACCGUCCCAAAGUAAGUGCUUUGUCCUGCAAUUUGUUAAAAGGAGAUUCAGACCUUGCUCAUCUCCCUUAUCUCUAUGGAAUCAUAAACGAAACUCUCCGAAUGUGCCCAGCUGUUCCAUUUCUUGUGCCACACGAGUCCUCGGAUGAGUGUGUCAUUGGAGGUUUUCGUGUACCCCGGGGUACAAUGUUUCUAGUGAAUUUGUGGGCAAUACAAAAUGAUGCUAAGUUUUGGGAGGAGCCAAAUGAGUUCAAGCCUGAAAGGUUCAUCGAUUUCAAAGGGCAACGAGACGGGUUCAGGCUAAUGCCAUUUGGAUAUGGCAGGAGAGGAUGUCCAGGUGAGAAUUUGGCAAUGCAUGUGGCUUCUUUGGCAUUAGGAUCACUUAGUCAAUGCUUUGAAUGGGAGAGGAUAAGUGAAGAGCCGGUUGACAUGGCUGGAGGACCUGGACUCACUAUGCCUAAGGCUAUACCAUUGCUAGCAAAAUGUAGGCCACGCCAAAAUAUUCUUAACCUUCUUGCUCAGUUGUAA